AAAAAAAAACCAAAAGAAAUUCCAUCAAAUGCUAAAAUUAUAAAAAAAUAUUUUUUUUUCUAAAUUAAAUUUUAUUCUGAAUUAAAGUCGAAUACUUGCCCACGGUUAAUGUUUUAAAAUUAAUUUAAAAUUAUUGUGAAUCCAUUCAUUGGAACGACUGUGUAUCGCGGAAGCAAUAAGCAAAUAGCAAAAAAAAAAGUUGCAAAACGCGCGUUCGGCCCACUCCCAUGAAUACAGAACAAACAAAAAUUCCUGAAGCAAAUUUUGAUUCAAAAUUAAUAGCAAAUAAAAAGAAGUGAAAUAAAAGUUGAUGCAUACAAAAACCGUAGAGAAAAAGUUCAAUAUUCUUCUUAGCUUUCUUUUUUGACUUCUCGUUCUCUUCUCUCUAGUUUAGUUAGUUGCUGGUUAAAUAUAUUUUUUUUUUCCAACACUCGACUCGACAUCGACAGAGUUUUUUGCCAACCUUCCAACUUCCCACAUUUAUUUCGCGAAAGUGUGCUUUUCUGGUAGUAAAUACCUCCACCGCGUUCACGGCGAAUUCAUCGAAAUCGACUGAUUGACUGGAAGCACUAAGCAGCGAAUUACCAACAAAAAAAAAAAAAAACGAAUAAAAACCGGAUAUAAUCGUUUUAGAACAAUUUUUGGUUUUUUACGGUUUUUGUGAAAAAUCAUACAUAUUUUGAUAAGAUCUUUUUAUUUGAAAUAACGCAACAAAAAGAGACUCAAAAUGAUUAACAUGGAUAUCAGCGUUACACCGAAUUAUUCCUACAUUUUCGACUUCGAAAAUGAUUUCAUUCAUCAGCGCACACGGAAAUGGAUGCUGGAAAAUUGGACAUGGGUGUUUUACUAUUGUGGCAUCUACAUGAUGGUUAUAUUCGGCGGGCAACAUUUUAUGCAAAAUAGGCCAAGAUUUCAGCUACGAGGUUUAUUGAUCAUAUGGAAUACCCUGCUGGCUAUGUUCAGUAUUAUGGGAGCAUUUAGGACGGCUCCGGAAUUACUACACGUUUUGCGUCAUUAUGGACUUUUCCAUUCAUGUUGUGUUCCUAGUUUCAUCACAAAUGAUCGUGUCAGCGGGUUCUGGACAUGGUUGUUUGUACUAUCCAAAUUACCCGAGCUAGGAGACACUCUAUUCAUUGUCCUGCGAAAGCAACCUUUGAUUUUCCUUCACUGGUACCAUCACAUUACCGUCCUCAUCUACUCAUGGUUUUCCUACACAGAAUACACCGCCUCUGCACGUUGGUUCAUUGUGAUGAAUUAUUGCGUCCACGCUGUAAUGUACUCAUACUACGCCUUGAAGGCAGCCCGCUUCAAUCCACCCCGUUUCAUUCCAAUGAUCAUCACAUCGCUGCAACUCACACAAAUGGUUGUCGGAUGUGCGAUAAACAUGUGGGCCCACAGUUUCCUAAAAACUCACGGCCGUCAGUCGUGCAAUAUUUCGCCGACAAACAUCAAGCUCUCCAUUGCAAUGUACUUCAGUUAUUUUGUAUUAUUCGCAAGGUUCUUCUAUAAGACUUACUUCUCGCCCGAGGGCAAGAAGAGCCGUUACGUCAAAGUUCACCACUCUGAAUCAACAUCGGCUUCAUCAGCGUCAUCUACCGCACAAAAUGGCAAAAUGAAGGCACAGUAAAUUUGCGGCCGGUCGUCUCCUCAAGGCCUCACACAAAUACAACACACACACAAAAUACCAGUUACGUACACAACUAUAUACACCAAUUUAAAGUGCAGAAUGCAACAACAAAAAAAAAAGAACAGACUUUUAAAGCUAAACAAAAAAUAAAGAAAAUAAAUAAUUUUUUAUAUAAAGUUAUUGUAAAAAAAGGAUUAAACGUGCGUUUGCGCCCAGUUGCCUCACGUUUUUCAAUGUGCUGAAUUAUCAAAAUGAAAACAAAAAAUUCCUACAAUUAUUUUAUAUGGGUUUAUUUGUUAUGUUAUAAUUUUUUAUGUUACAAUAAUUAUUAAAUAUUAUUUAAAAACAACAAAAAUGAAAAAAAAAUCUGUAAUGAAACAUUCUGAUAUUUUCUAUUCAAAAUAGAAUCUAGCUUGUAAAAAAAAAACAACAAAUAAAAAAUUGUCGGUGGGAAUAAACUACUCGAAAAAAAAUAAAACUACAUAACUUAAAAACCUAAUUAUUUAUUUCUAAUUUUAUUGUAAAAUAAAAUAAAAAACAAUUAUACGAGUAGGUAUGUAUACUAUUUAAAACAAACAAAAAAGAAAAACUAAAUAUUUAUAUAUUUAUGAGACCAGAAGAACAAGAAAUCAUUCAAUUGCUUCACAUACAACCAGCAACACCGUACAACAAUAUAAAACAAGUUAAACAAAAAGUAAUAUAAAACAAAACAAAAACAAAAAAACGGUUAAUCAAAAAUAUGUAUAAAUAGAACAAAUCUAAAUAAACUGUUGAAUUAAAUAAUUGAUUAAAUAAAUACACACAUUUUAUUGAUUAAAAACAAAAAUAGUCAAAUCAAUAUGUUCUAUUGCAAUAUUAAAUGUUCAAGUUCGAAUUUUGUUUCAAAACUUUAAAACUGCAUCCACAAAAUUAUGUUCUUCUUUUUGUGCAGUUUUUCAAAGACUAUUUAAACAUAAAUUCAAAAAAUAAGAAAACAUUUUUUGAUCCGAAUUCAAGAAGCAGACAAAAUAAAUAAGUCGAAAUGAAUGAAAACGAACGAACUCUCUCUGAUUCAAUUCGGAAAUUUAAUAAAUUUAUCGAACUUAAUAAUUCCUGAUAUGGCAAUGAUGAUUUGUUAUUUUAUUUAAAAUGUAUGUUAAUCGAUAUUUUUGUUUCUUAUAUUACAACCAAUUUAUUUAUAAGACUUCAAAACAAAAAAAGAAGAGUUUUGUUAAACCAUCAACAUAAGUCAUGAUUUAAUAUAAAAUAUAAUAUUACAACAACCACAAGUCAUUCUAUAUAAUACAAUAUUAUUUAUAUGUAACAUUAUGUUUUGACGUUUUCUUUUAAAAUGCAUUUAACCACGUUGUAAUGGGAUUUUAUUUUUUUUUUAAUUUUUAAGAAGAAUAUUUUAAGAAAAUAAGAAUUUUGGAAAGUAAAUAAAUAUUGAAGAAAAAAACAAAAAACAAACACCAAUAUAAGAAGGUAAAAUUUUGCAUGAUUAUUGAUUAAUGAAAAACAAAACAAAAACAAUAAAAAAAAUAAUAAAAUUAUUUGAUUAUUUUAUGUGGUGAAUUUUACACACACAAACAUACAUUUUGAGAGCUGAAGCGUUUGUGAACACAAUGAAAAAUAAAAUAAAAAUGGAAAUGGAAAAAAAA